AUGGACGACGGAAGCAGAAAGUUCACCAUUAUCGGGAUUGCAGUCAUCCUAUUAAUAAUGGCGGUGAGCGGAGCAGUUGGUGUUGUUAAAAUAUACAACAAAGCCAACGAGAGGGAGGAACACAAGGUUACAACCAGCAACAAGGCGGUAGAAUCUCUUUGCCAACAUACAGAUUACAGGAAAUCGUGUCGAAAGAGUCUUGCCAAUGCAAACGACACAGAUGAGCCUCAAGAGCUCAUGAAGAUAGCUUUUAGUUCUGCGAUAAAUGAGAUUGAGCACGCCAUUAAUAAGUCAUCUACUCUUCAAGCAGUGGCCAAGGACCCUAGAGCUACUCAAGCAUUAGAGAUGUGUAAAUCGCUUCUCACUACCUCCAUUGAUGACCUCAAAAGAUCGUUGAAAAAGCUUGACAACUUUGAUAUUUCAAAGAUGGAGGAAUAUCUUGCAGACCUUAAGGUGUGGCUCAGUGGUUCUUUAACGUACCAAGAGACUUGUCUAGAAGGGUUCACGAACACGACUGGUGAUGUUGGCGAGAAAAUGAAGAAGAUAUUGAAAUUGGGUGGGAAGCUCACGAGCAAUAGUCUCGCGAUGGUGAAUAGUGUUGAUGAAUAUCUUGGGGAGGUCCAGUUAACGUCCAUGGGUAGCCGUAGGCUUCUGGAUAAAGGUCUGAACGAUGAUCAUCAUGCAUAUGCAUGGUGGACGAAAGGCUAUAAACGGUUGCUGAUUGAUGUUGAUUGGAAAGCGUUGAAGCCUAAUGUGAUUGUGGCUCAGGAUGGGUCUGGAACGUUUAAGACCAUCAUGGAAGCGAUUAAGAAGGUUCCCAACAACAACACGCAGCCAUUUAUUAUACGGAUCAAGCAAGGUGUUUACAAGGAGUAUGUCGACAUUCCUAGGCUUGUUAACAAUGUCAUCUUCAUCGGUGAAGGUCAUAAUAGAACUAGAAUCAUUGGAAACAAGAGUUACGACGAGGGAGAAGCAACUUUUUACACCGCUACCGUUGCUGUGAAUGGUGAUGGGUUCAUGGCGAAGGGCAUAGGGUUUGAGAACACGGCGGGGCCAAUGAAGCAUCAGGCGGUGGCCUUGCGUAUCUCCGGCGAUAUGGCCAUCAUCCACAACUGCGCCAUGUACGGAUACCAAGACACCCUUUAUGCCCACGCUUAUCGCCAGUUUUAUAGGCAAUGCACCAUCACAGGAACAGUAGACUUCGUCUUUGGAAACGCAGCGGCUGUCUUCCAAGAUUGCAAGAUGAUUGUCAGGAAGCCGUCACUUAACAACGAGUGCGUUGUGACAGCUCAGGGGCGGAAGGACCGCAGCUCACAAGGUGGCCUGAUUCUCCAAAACUGCACCAUCACCGGCGAUCAUGACUACUUGGCUACCAACCCAAGGCCAAUAACUUACCUCGGUCGUCCAUGGAAAUUGUACUCCAGAACCAUCAUCAUGCAGUCAUUCAUCGACGGGAUUAUUGCCCCUCAAGGGUGGGCCCCAUGGGCCGGGACGUUUGGGCUUGAUACAUGUUAUUAUGGUGAGUUUAACAAUAGAGGACCAGGGUCUAACACAACCCACAGGGUAAGAUGGAAGGGUAUCAAGAAGAUAACUCCAGAGGAGGCUGCUCGUUACACCCCGGGGAAAUACAUACAAGGAGAUCUAUGGAUAAAGGCAACUGGUGUCCCUUAUACUUCCGGCAUGAUGAAUGUCUAA